GUGACAUUCAGGCUGUCUUCCCCUGAGCUCCACGAAGACGAGGACACGCCCUCGACCAUUCCCAGUACCAUGUCAGCGAAUCACAGAGCAUGGAGGAAAGACACACCCCUCCCCUCAACCAAUGAGGGGGACUGGGGGAGUGACGAGUCCCAGUCUUUGGCCAGUCAGGGAGGUCGGAGGAAGGGCACGUCCCUGUGUUUUGAUCAUCAGAGACCUGCUCCUGGCACUGGGGGCAAGCUGGGGGGCUCCACCCCCACCACUGCGCACCUGGCCUCGUCCCUCUCUCCCUUCUCCCCCUGCCCGUCUCCAGAGGCGGCCCUGCCAGGGAGAGCCAGUCCCGUGGGAGGGGGGGCGGCGCGGCACGCCCCGGGGGGUCUGGCUGAGGAGCUGAGCCAGAGUCUGCAGGCCGGGCUGGAGAACAGCGCCACUGCGCCGGUGGCCGUGAACGGAACGCGACACAUCAUGGACAUGGAGUCCGUGCGCUCGCACCUGCGCGCCAUCCUCGGGACGUCCGGCGAUCCGUCUUCUCGUGAGUAUCUCUGUGUCGCAGUGCUAGCGAUCCACCGCGAGCAGCAGAUCCAGACCCUGCAGAACAAGACUCUGGAGCUGCAGCAGCAGCUGGCCCUCGCUGUGUCCGCUGACAGGAAGAAGGACAUCAUGAUUGAGCAGCUGGACAAGACGCUGGCGAAGGUGGUGGAGGGCUGGAGGAAGCACGAGGCAGACAAGAGUGACACCGCGAGGCGACUGCAGGAGGAGAAGGAAACUGCAGAGAGAGCACAGGCCGAGCAGCAGGAGAUGCUGUCACGGUUUGAGGAGAGCCUGGCCCAGGCCGCCGAGACCCUGGAUCGCGAGCAGAGGCAGGCUGAAGAGCUGCGGGCCACGAACCAGCGGCUGGAGCAGCAGGUGGGCGAGCUCUCCCGGAGGCUGGAGGAGGUGGCGCGGCGCUGCCAGGCUCUGGAGGAGCAGAGAGACGAGGCCACCAGGGCCAGGGAGGCGGCACAUGCCAGCCUCGACCAGCACAGAGCAUCCUGGGACAGGAGGGAGAGGGAGCUGGAGGACCGCCUCGCCCGGCAGGAGGCAGAGUUUAUGGCCCAGCUCGAUAACGAGAAGGCCAGCCGAGAGCGGGAGGCUCAGCGGGCCCAGGACACCCAGAGGGUCCUGGCGUCAGUCCAGGAGGAGGUGCAGCGUGCAGAGAGAGAGCUGGAGGAAGCGCAGAGGGCCCGGGACAGCGCGGCGAUGGACAGGGCGCUGGCCGAGGCGCGUUUUGAGGCGGAGCGCACCAAGAUGGAGGUGGAGCUGAAGGUGUCGGUGGAGCAGCAGGUGACAGAGAGACUGAAACAGAUACAGGAGGAGAACACCAAGGCCACAGCUGCCCUGAGAGAGACACACAGGAAGCAGAUGCUGGAGGCCAGCACACAGCACGAGAAAGAACUGUCUGCUCAGCUAGCUCAGUUCAGGACAGAGCUGCAGGAGAGGGAGGAGAAGCUACGCAAGCUGACCGAGGACUACGAGAACAAGUUGUCCCAGAAGCAGGAGGAGGUGUUGAGGGUGGAGGCCGCAAGGCGGAAACUAGAGAUCCAGCGGACAGAGCUGGUGUCGAGACUGCAGGGCCUGCUGCGCUCCCAUUGGGCCGAGGCCCUGAAGCUGCUGGCUGCUCAGAGCACCCCCCACAGUCAGGGAGAAGAGUCCCGAUCUGACCCGGCCCAGCUCCUGUCUUCUGAGUCCUGGCUGUGGGACAGACUGGAUUUGCAGCCCGGCAGGCCUCUGGGAGAAGCGGAGGUCCAGGAGCUAAAGAGGUCACAGAGUGCGGAGAAGACUGGGCCCCGCUCAGCUCUGCUGGCUGCAUCAUCAGACAGGACAGGGGCCAUCAGCUGGGAGAGAGAAACAGUGGGUUUCCCCAAGGCGAUCCCUCUCCAUGCCACAGUGCAGCUCUCCCUGCCCACCCCAAGGGAAGGGCAGAGAUGUGGAGGAGUCGCUCCAGACUCUGCAGGAGGUCACAUCAGCAAAGCAGCUCCCCCUACAGCAGGCCUCCUGCAUACCUCCCAGGACCUCAGCUUUCUUUUGUCUCACUCCCUAGCCAAUCAGAGCUUCCACCCACUUUCCAGUACCAAUCAGAGCUUACACCCUCUCUCCCCAACCAAUCAGAGCCUUCAGCCCCUUGCCACCACCAAUCAGAGUUUCCACACUCUCUCUCCCACCAAUCAGAGCUUCCGUCCUCUGGAGCCACACCUGGACGACACAGUUCAUACAGCGCUUGGCAGCUGUGACCUGGAGGAGCUGGUGGAGCAACCCCUGGGUGAAGACAGCGGGUAUAGUGCAGAGAGACGGAGAGAGGGGCACAGCGGGCACAGGUCUCUGCAGGAGCUCAGUGGCUACAGCACAGGAUCACUGGGAGAGAGCAGCCAGAACAACACGGACUUACUGAAGCAAGGGCACAAGACAGGGAGAGAGGGACACAGUGGGUACAGCACAGCCAGGGAGAGAGAGGGACAUAGUGGGUACAGCACAGCCAGGGAGAGAGAGGGACACACCCCGGGUCACUAG